GCUGUGAAUGACCCCGCCAGGUUUUUUUCAACUGUCUGCGAGCUCCCCUCCAAAAAUUCCUAUGUCCCAAGAACCUCGAAAUCUGCCAGCACCUCAAAGUUGGAAGAACAGUGCUGCCUCGUCGUGGUCAGAUUUAUUCAGAUCACCGCUAUUGUGGUCAAAAAAGCCCAUCAAACCAUCCAUACCUCUCUAGCUCCCUCCAUCUCUGCGUAACGAGCCUCCACCCUCCCCGCCCAUGGCGCCAUACGAUAGCGACUCUUCAGGUGCGGAAAACAACGACUUCACCGAGACCAAUGUCUUGCUCGGCUAUGCCUCUGCUGAGGCCAAUGGAGAAGAAAUCAGUCGAUUAGGGGGCCGUCCGGACUGGUUAGAUACAGACAAACCACCCUCGGCUUCCCUCGCGAGAUGCAGAGUUUGCAAAGACCUCAUGGUUCUUCUCCUGCAACUAAACGCCGAGCUUCCGGACAGAUUUCCGGGCCACGAAAGGAGAUUAUACGUUUUCACCUGCAGGAGAAAAACUUGCCGCAGGAAAGAUGGCUGCAUACGGGCCAUAAGGGGAGUUCGGGUCUCUGCUGAUGCGCCGGCGAGUAAUGCUGGCAAGGUCGCCAAACAACAAAACCAAGAGGAGGAGCUCACAAAGCCGAAGGCUGCAUCACAGGGCCUGGGCGAAGCGCUUUUCGGCGUCAAGCCGGCCGCAGGAACCAGCAAUGUCUCCCGCGCCAACCCCUUUGCGAUUUCAUCAUCUGGACCGGCUGUCACCUCGACGAACCCUUUCGCUCCCAGACAGUCGUCUCCCCCAGCUCCAUCGCCCCCCUUAAGCCAGCCAUCCACCCAAUCCCAUGCAUCUCAGGAAGCAGCAAAGGACCUCCCCAAAUCCUUUGCCGACGCCCUCAACCUCAACAAGCCCGACCUCGUUUACGGACCGCCUUUCCCUCCAGAACCUUGGCCCAAAGAGUCCGCCCAGCCUGCGGCGUACCCGGUCCGGUGGCUCGCAGACGCAGAGUACGAGACGCUCGACCCGACGCCGCUGCCUGCAGCCGCCACCACCACCACCACGGCAAUGGACAUUGACGCGGGCGAGGUUUCCGGCAGCGGCGGCGGGAAGGAGGACAAGGAGGUCUUUGAGAGCAGCAUGGACUCGACGUUUCAAAAGUUUGCGGACCGCGUCGGGCAGAACCCGGAGCAGUGCAUCCGGUACGAGUUCGCGGGGCAACCGUUGCUGUACUCCAAAGGCGAUGCGGUGGGGAAGGCGUUGCACGCUGCUGCGGAAAAGGUCGCGGUCGGCAAGGGGAUGCCCCGGUGCGGCAAUUGUGGCGCCGGGAGGGUAUUUGAGAUGCAGCUCAUGCCGCAUGCUAUUGAGGAGCUGGAGAUUGAGGAGGAUGGGUUGGAUGGCAUGGACUGGGGAACUAUCAUCGUGGGUGUGUGCGAGAGCGAUUGUCAGCAGAGGGGGUUCGCGGUUGGGGAGGCUGGGUAUUUGGAGGAGUGGGCUGGGGUGCAAUGGGAGGAGUUGACUGUGAAGAGGUAGAUACAUUGAUAAGGAUGCAGGAGAAUGGAAAGGAUGGAAGGUAUCAAGUCAUGUCGUCAUGUUUGGCAUCUUCUUGCGAGGAAUGAGGCUAUGACCUGAACAUAGAACCCGUAGUAGUAAAUUCAGACAGACACCCAAUUGCCAUCCCGCCCGCGGCCUUUCGGCCGUGCCGCCU